CCCCCCACAACUCCCUCUCUGUCUUCCCUCCAUAUACCCCCACACCAUUCAAUUGUGUACUCUCUCUCUCUCUAAGCACACAUUGAGAGAUAGUAGUUGUGGGAGAGAGAUUUUUCAGAAUGGUGAUGGGGGCUCAUUGGGACCGGCGAUUCGAGCCGGUCGCGAAAUGUGGCUCCGAGGGGCGGUCGAGCCAGGCGGUCGCUUCCGACCUGGACGGCACGCUGCUCAUGUCGCCGAGCGCCUUCCCGUACUACAUGCUCGUGGCUCUCGAGGCCGGGAGCCUCGCGAGGGCGCUUGUCCUCCUGCUGUCCGUCCCACUCGUGUACCUCACCUACAUUUUCGUCUCCGAGACGCUGGCGAUAAAGACCCUGAUUUUCAUCUCGAUGGCCGGGUUGAAAGUCCGGGACGUCGAGUUCGUGUCCCGGUCGGUGCUGCCCAAGUUCUACGCGGACGACGUCCACCCCGAGGCUUGGAGGGUGUUCAAUUCCUUCGGGAAACGGUAUAUCGUCACGGCGAGCCCUAGGGUCAUGGUGGAACAUUUCGCGAAGACAUUCCUAGGGGCCGAUAAGGUUCUAGGGACAGAACUAGAAGUCUCCAAAUCGGGUCGCACCACCGGGUUUGUCAAGAAACCCGGGGUUCUCAUCGGUGAACACAAGCGAGAAGCUGUUCUGAAGGAGUUUGGCAUGAACGUGCCCGAUUUAGGCCUCGGAGAUAGCAAGAGUGACCAUGAGUUCAUGUCCAUUUGCAAGGAAGCAUACAUGGUGCCAAGAACCAAGUGCGACCCACUACCACGGACCAAGCUCUUGAGCCCCGUCAUCUUCCACGACGGCCGCCUCGUCCAACGACCGACGCCGAUGAUCGCCCUCCUCACCUUCUUGUGGCUUCCAAUCGGCGUCCUCCUCGCCAUCCUCCGCGUCUACACCAACAUCCCCUUGCCCGAGCGCAUUGCCCGCUACAACUACUGCCUCCUCGGCAUCAAGCUCGUAGUCAAGGGCACUCCGCCCCUGGCCCCCAAGCCGGGCCACCCUGGUGUCCUCUUCAUCUGCAACCACCGCACAGUCCUCGACCCUGUCGUCACAGCUGUCGCCCUCGGCCGCAAGAUCAGCUGCGUCACCUACAGCAUCAGCAAGUUCACCGAGAUCAUCUCCCCAAUCAAGGCCGUCGCGCUCUCCCGCGAGCGCGACAAGGACGCCGAGAACAUCCGGCGCCUCCUCGAGGAGGGCGACCUCAUCAUCUGCCCCGAGGGGACCACGUGCCGCGAGCCCUUCCUGCUCCGCUUCAGCGCGCUCUUCGCUGAGCUCACUGACCGGAUCGUCCCCAUCGCGAUCAACACGAAGCAGACCGUGUUCCACGGGACCACCGUGAGGGGGCACAAGUUCUUCGACCCAUACUUCGUGUUCAUGAACCCGAUGCCGACUUACGAGAUCACGUUCCUGAACCAACUGCCACAGGAACUGACGUGCAAGGGCGGAAAGUCGGCAAUCGAGGUGGCGAACUAUAUACAGAGGGUCUUGGCGGGGACGUUAGGGUACGAGUGCACCAACUUCACCAGGAAGGACAAGUACGCCAUGCUCGCCGGGACUGACGGCCGUGUCCCAUCGAAGGAGAAAAAGAUGGAAAAGGAGGAGAAGCAGCCGGGCAAGUGAUGAGCAAAUUUGAAGAUGGAUUAGGGAUCAAGAAAUCCCAUGAUUUGCACCUCAUUUUCUCCAUGUGUUUGGACGAUUAAAGUUCAUGGAAAAGGCAAAUAAUGGUAAUUGUAGUGAUCAUUUCACAGUUGUCAUAAGAGUCACUCCACGCUCGUGUAUAUUACUUCACCUAUUUUAUACCAAGGUCCUUUUAAUUA